AUGAAUAUUGGACACAAUUACUACCAAAUCGAUCACAACUAUAACAAUGUUAUCGAUUCUGUGGAGAAAAAUAUAGCCCUUUGGGAAUCUCAAUACGAGAUGUUUGACGUAAAAUAUAAGUCAGAAAAUGGAUUAAAUUCUGAUAAAACAAAAUCGAUUGAAACGAUUGAUUGCGAGAAUGAGAUAAUUAGCGAAAGCAUUGAAAUAAAGCCAUUCAUUAGCGACCAAACGGUACAGACGUGUCAACAGAUGAAUACGUUUACCACAAAUCAAAGGGAGUGUUUCGACACCGAGUGGUAUAAUAACGACGAUAUUUAUUACAUGAAGACAUUGGAUGCGUUGACCCCUUCAUCGAUGGACCAAAUAAUCGCCACAACAAUCAAAGACGAUAUGAUGGACAGCGGCUUCGAAGAGAGCUCCAUAUCUAUCACUAAUUGCGAUGAAAUCAAUAGUUUUGUGUUAAAUAAUUUGUGCAACGAUUUGGAGCCCAAACCGCAUGAUAUCGACGAGAAUUUCAUUGUUAACGAGAAUAUUCAUUACGAAUGCAUUCAAAGCACACAAAUGUGUGCAACAAAUACUGUGCACACAAUUAAGAAAAGAUCGCAUAAUUAUGUCCGCAAAUCACGACAAGUGGACACAAGGAUAUGGUAUAAGUGCGGUUGGGAUGGAUGUAGUUUUGGCAGCUUUUAUAACGGAGUAGUUAAGAGACACUCGUAUAAGAAACACUCGGGAAAGAUGAAGAUCGACAAGUCGUCCAAUUCACCGAUGCAUAGGUUUCGGUGCGAUUGGCCCGGAUGUGAGGUCUCUCUCGUCGCUUAUCAUAAACUCGUUGAACACAAACGCAAACAUACCGGAGAAAAGCCCUUCAAAUGCAAAUACAGGGCAUGUAAUUACGCCACCGCCAGACUAUACUCAAUGAUUAUUCACGAAAGAACUCACAAAUUAGAUCCCAAUCUUAGCCUAGAAUUCAAAUGAUAUUUCAUUGCCAAUAAAAAUUUCAAUAUUU